GAUUACUCUCUCCCUAUCACUAUAAAUCCUCGUCUCUAUUAAAGUUUACAAACCCUGGUAUAUUCAGUCCUCUCCGCGCCUCCCAAACGGUAAACGCACUUCCAUCGCUGAAGGAAUUCUCAAAGUUAGCUACAAUGGCAGUCACAUUCUAUGAUGUCAACUCGUCGGUUGGCCUGAAGAAACUUGAUGAUUACCUCCUUACUCGCAGUUACAUUACAAGCUACCAAGCUUCGAAGGAUGAUAUUACUGUAUAUGGAGCUCUGUCAAAGGCUCCAUCAGCUGAAUACGUUAAUGUCUCUCGGUGGUACAACCAUAUUGAUGCGCUCUUGAGGAUCUCUGGUGUUUCUGGAGAAGGGUGCGGUGUCACUGUGGAGGGAUCUGCUCCCAUCACCGAGGAGGCAAUUGCAACUCCUCCUAUUGGUGACACAAAGGCUGCAGCUGCUGAGGAUGAUGAUGAUGAUGAUGUUGACCUUUUCGGUGAAGAGACUGAAGAGGAGAAGAAGGCUGCGGAAGAACGUGCUGCUGCAGUUAAGAAAUCUGCCAAAAAGAAAGACUCUGGCAAGUCAUCAGUUCUUUUGGACGUGAAGCCAUGGGAUGAUGAAACUGACAUGAAAAAGCUCGAGGAAGCAGUGAGAAGUGUUGAGAUGGAAGGGUUGUUUUGGGGAGCAUCUAAACUCGUAGCAGUUGGGUAUGGUAUCAAGAAAUUGCAGAUAAUGCUUAGCAUUGUGGAUGACUUGGUAUCUGUUGACGAUCUCAUUGAGGAACGUCUUACAGUUGAACCAAUUAAUGAGUAUGUUCAGAGCUGUGACAUUGUUGCCUUCAACAAAAUAUAAUUGGAGGAUACGCUUGUCUGUUUGUUGGUGCGGGGAGGUUGCGGUCGUGGAGGGAUUGAAAACCUGAAGUUAUGGCUACUCUGUAUUUCUCUUUUUGAUCCACAGAACUCUAUAUUCCAAUUUUUGUUUGUUGGGACGUGCAUUUUUAGUGAUUGAUUAUGCUUCCAGAGAAGCAAAUGGUGUCUAUUAUUACUUAAUUUAUGAUCUUGGUAUAUGGAAUAAUGUCUUGACCA